CUCGGACGGAUCGUUCGAAUCGAACCUAGGUCCUCCCUCACAGGUACACAUGCUUUACGACUCGGUUCGAUCGAAUCAUGAAGAAGAAUCGAUUCAAUGGAGCGCCGCUGUUCUUUGUCCUCGCGGUGACUGACUGCAUAUGAUCCCGCUGAAUGUACAUUAUUUAUUCCUCCGUUUACAAUCUGUAUUCAUCAAGCAGAAGAUUUGAAGGAUGGUGUUAGUUCAUGUCGGAUAUCUGGUUCUUCCUGUCUUUGGCUCUGUGAGAAAUAGAGGAUCUCAUUUUAACAGGCAUCAGCACAGUCAUGCUACCUCUUGCCGGCAUUUCCACGUAGGGCCCCAGGCCCAGAUCCCUGUUGAUUUCCCAAUGCCCCAUCCAGGACAAUCUCAGACAGGAAUGAGCCAUCAUCUCGGCCCUGCGCACCAGCCAGCCGCGGCGUUACAUCCACCCAUCAACCACAUACCAGCUCCACCGUUCCAGGACAUCCCACCCCCGCCCUUCCUACCUCAGGCUUUACACCAGCAAUACCUCAUCCAGCAGCAGAUCCUGGAGGCCCAGCACAGGAGGAUACUUCCACAGCCCAGGCAUGCUCCAGACCGAACCCUUCCCCAUCCGCAGACAUUGCGGCCGCCAUAUGAAUAUCCACCAUCCAUCCACAUUUCCCCCCCACCGCCUGUGCCCCAGCAGCCACGCUACCUUGCUGAAGGAACAGACUGGGAUCUGAGUGUGGAUCCAGGCCUGCCUCAGUACCACGUCUCUCCCCUCACUCAACAUUAUCAGCAUUACCUGACCUCUCCACGACUGCAUCACUUCCCCAGGAACACCACCUCGGCACAAGUGGUUGUCCAUGAGAUCCGAAACUACCCUUAUCCUCAGUUACAUCUGCUGGCUCUCCAAAGCCUCAGUCCGUCUCGCCAUGCAUCUGCUGUGCGGGAAAGUUACGAGGAGCUCCUGCAGUUGGAGGACAGACUGGGAAAUGUUAACAGAGGGGCUCUGCCAACCACCAUCGAGAGGUUUACCUUUCCUUAUAAGUAUAAAAAGAGAAGACCUCUUGAGCUAAAGAUUGGCAUGGAUGAAGAGGAGCUCGACACGGAUGAGAAAUGCACAAUAUGCCUCUCGAUGCUUGAAGACGGAGAGGACGUCAGGAGAUUACCCUGCAUGCACCUCUUCCAUCAAGCUUGUGUUGACCAGUGGCUGGCAACCAAUAAGAAGUGUCCCAUCUGCAGGGUAGACAUUGAGACGCAGUUGUCCCCCGAAAGCUGAUGUCUCGUGUAGCAUUAGCUAAAAGUCCUGUCAUCUUUCUUAGUCCCCUUGUGGGCACUUUGCCAAAUGUGUGUCAUCUCCAUCACCUCUCACCUCUAACCUUUGCCUUCUGAGCCAACUGACGAUGUAGAAUGGGGAAGACGGAUAGCCCUGAAGACAGAGUCCAGCACAUGGAGAAGAACAAGUCUUUCGAUGAAGCUGAUUUCAGUCAAAGUGCUGUGAAUGUGUGUGUGUUUGGGACGUGAACGCUGUUCGUAACGUCUCAGAAUGAUCUCGGAUGAAGACCGACCAAAUGUUCUCAGUGUUCAGUAGGUCACAGAUGAAGCAUUACAGCAUGAACACAACAAAGUCCAACAUAUUCCAUGUGGUUGGUCAUGAACAAUUCAUUUGUGAAAAAAUUAAUUGGCGAAUGAGAAGCGCGCAAGAGCAGUACAAUGACCCUGUGUUUAAAAAAGCUCCGUCGUCGUGUCUGUAAUCAUCGGAGGUGAUGCUUGACAUUCUUGAGCUGUUUGAAAUGUGUCCGCGUUUUGUGCUCGUGACGCCUCCAAUGCUUAGAAACGUAUCCACCAAAUGCAUGUUGAAACGAGAGGUUGUUCUGACGAGAGGUCAACAUGCAUGAGGACGUUUCCUGCGUGAUACUCUACUAAUCCUGAAGACACUGUGUUCUUGAUGCGUCUCCGAAGUCACCACGAGUGAAAUAUGUACCUUAAUGCCUGUAGCACAAGCACACGUUGAAUAGUAACGCCAUAACUCCGUGUUUCCAUUCUCUCUGUGACUCGUGGUCUCGCUUGGUCGUAAAGCAGCAUCUGUCAUAAUGUGCAUGAAACAUGUUUGCUGCCAUUUCUAGAGGACAUGACAAGGGAGUAAAGCCAUUUGUUUUAUAAAAACCAAACAUAAGUUUUCUAAGCUCUUCUUCGUGAUCAUGAUUUCUUCUUUUUCCUACUGUUGCCAACCUGUGUGCAGGGCUGGUUCAAGCUUCUUCACAUAAGUAGCUGCAAUGCUGGAAAAAAUGAACAAACUAGUUAUUUAUUGUCGUCUUAAUGUAGUAAGUGGUUAUUUUUGUAAAUGCACUCAGUUCUAAUGGGGUCGUGUGAUUGUUUCUCUUUCCCUGCUUUUGCAUUUGCACUCAGUUUCCUUGCAUAUCGUGCACUUCAUCCAGAAAACUAAAAAACAAGGGAACAGACUUUUUAACAGCACAGUUUCUUUGCGUAAUGAUAGUUGUUGCCGCACUGACCACUUUCAAUGUAAGUGACUGUUUAUCCGUAGCAUUUGAGAUGUCUCUGUAGUACAUUUGAUUAAUUAACCUGCUUGGCUUUGCUUUCGCACCUUUUCCAGAAUUCAAGUGUUCAGCUUCUUGGAAGCGUUUCCUUGUUUUCAAUCACUGUUUUGUAGCAUUUAGUGAGCGUACGGAAGCAUGUUUCCACCACUGAAUAAAAAAUAAAAAGCUUGUGACUUUCUGUCUCAUAAUUGCGACUUUAUUUCGCGUAAUUCUUACUUUAUUAAUUGUGAGAUAUAAACUCCAAAUUGCGAGUUGUGAAGUCCAAUUUUAAAGGGGGGGGGGGGGGGGAUGGAUAUAUUCUCAGAAUUGUAAGUUUGAAAAAAUAGCAUUGCGAGAUAAAAAUUCAACAUUGGGAGAAAAAAGUCAGAAUUGCAAGAUGUAAACUUGAAAUUGCAAGAAGAAAAGUUGCGAAAAACUCUCAGUUGCGAAGCCUAAAUGUCAGUAUAUCUAAAUGUAACCUCCAACUGAGAGAUGUAAACUCUCAGUUGCGAGAAUGUCAGAAUUGCAAGAUGUAAACUCAUAAUUGCGAAAUGUAAACUCUCUAUUGUGAGAAAAAUGUUCAAUUGCGAGAUGCAACCUCUCAUUUAUGAGAAGUAAACUCUCAAUUGCGAGGAAAAAAUGUCAGAAUUGCGAAAUGUAAACUCUAAAAAUUGCAAGAAAAAAGUCCAAAUUGCGAGAUGUAACCUAAAUUGUGAGACAGAAAUCAGAAUUUCACAUUUGAGAGAUAAAAUAGAAUUGCGAGAUGUAAACUUAAAAUUAUGAGAUGAAAUUAAAUCGCAAGAUUUAAAUUCGCAAUUAUGAGAUGUAAACUUGCGAGACAAAUUCAGUGGUGGAAAUGGGCAUAGUGAGCGUCUGCUGUGUGGAGCGUGAUAUUUUCUCAUCGUCCGUCUGCGUUUUAUAGUUUACACAUGAUAUUGUUCGUAGAAAUGCCUUAAGUAUUUAACAAUCAUAAUUUAUGACAAACUUUACCUACUAUGGGUGCGCAUUUAAGUUCUGAACUAGUAUCGCAAUGUUAUAGAUUGGUUUAUUUAUUUGCGUCAGCGUAACGUGUGUAUAAAUACCUCAUUGUGCUAUACUUUUAAUGGGAGUGCUUUGCAUGUGGUUGUACUUUAGGGGGCAUAAGUGUCAAAACAAACUCAAAUUCCCCCGAAGGCGUGCUAGUAUUUAGUGCUGUCGUUUUUUUGGUUACAUUCCAUUAAUGCAAUUACAAAAAGUCGUUCAGCUGUGAGCUUGUAGACAAACUGUUCAAUGGACUGGAAUUGUUUUGCAUGUCUCUUGUUUUUGCACUCUUGGCUUUGCUGCCCUCCUGCGAACAUUGUCCACUCGUCUCGUCGCUCUGAAAAGAGCCAGCGAUUCCAGGCCGUGAAUCUGUUUUCAGUGUUUUCAGUAGUGAGGGGUGAGUUCAGCGCUUACUGUGAUUGAUUAUAGCUGCCUGUCUUGUGCCCAUCUUCAAUUACAGCCAGCCAUUGUUUGCUGUAUUUUUAUCGGGAUUUAAAGUGAUGCUUCCUUUUGCCAUGAGUAGCAGAUUUCCUUUCCCUUUCUUUUUGUAUCGGUACUUCAUAAAAGGGGCUUUAAAUGUCUGAAAGCAGGUCAUGUUGUGGUACAUUCUAGCGUAGCUGGCGUAUGUUUUUCAUAUUUCACUUUUUAGCGCGUCAGGUUAUUUAGCUUCAAUCCCCUAAAUAAUAAUCUGCCAAUACAGUGUUGUGUUCCACAGUAGACAACACUAAUAUCAACCGAUAAGGCAGAUUAUCUCUUAUUUCUGGUAAAUUAAGUGUUUUCCUGCCAUGCAAAACGAUCUGUACUAAUACUUGUUAUCUUCUACACACAUAGAUAUUGUUAUGCCGAAAUAGACAAAAAACAAACAAAACAAUGGCUUUAUAUUGUAUGAUUUGUGUUUCUAGCCUGUGUAGCCUUAAAGUCUCUUGAUUUGAUCCAUCUCUCCAGCAGAUUUUGGACAUAAGCAAUAGUAGUAUCAUGUUUCGCUAACAGACUGAACCGUAGAUCCUAAAGCACAAGCUCUGUAAUGCAUGUCUUUCUCAGGUUUUAAUAUGCGUAUGAGAAUGGAUACAUAUGUUCAAAUAUUUUACCAUAAAUAUUUCUGAUGUUUUUCUGCUGCUGACAUAAAAAGAAAAAAAAUAGUUGAAUAACCUGCCAGUGAAAGGGAAGUGGCUCUUUGUAUAAGACACUGCUGUGUGCUGUUACUGCGCAAUGUUUUCUGACAUGAAUAUUUUAUAGCUCAAGUAGAACAAUAUGUAUUGACAAUAUUUAAGCAAUAUAGCUUGGUGAUUAUAAUGUAUGAUAACUAGAUACGUGUAUAUUGCGUAAAAAAAAAAAAAGAUUCACUUUUGGUGGAUUUUGUACUGUAUUUAUUACUAAUGAUGAUGCAAAAAGUUGCAUAGCUUAACCCAAAUUUUCUUUCUUUUUUAAUUUCUCGUCUUGUAUAUGACCCUUUUUGUAUGUGUUUUUUUCAAAUAAAAUGUUGAAAAUG